UCUCAUGAUCAUCGGUGGGGAUAGCUUUGUGGAUGUCAUGCCGGACGAAACAGAGUUGUUGUCUCUCUUUGAGUCGCUUGACAUUUAUGAUAACGUUUUUGAACAGGACUCUAUCGUAGACUAUUGGAAAUGUAACUCAGGAAGUCUUUCAAAGUACGUUUGGUCUGUUAUAGAUUCGACAUUGGACCUCAACGCUUCUCCUUCAAAGUUGCCUACACUUCCUCUUGAAAGAUACCGGCUGAUUUCGAAGGAAGAAGUAAAUGAGAGCUCGAGUAAAAGAGACACUUUUCUUUGUGUUUCUCGUGAGCAGCUCCUUGAUGCGAAAAUUUCCAGAGCAAAGCUGUUAAGCUUAACGAAUUCGCCAAAGCCAGUUUGGCACUUUGAGGUCGAACCUGAAUCCCCAGUUCACUAUUCACCUGGAGAUGCAUUCGGUUUCUUUGUUGAGAAUGACAGUCGACUUGUGUCAAGUUUACUUGAAAGGCUUAAAAUUAACGAUACUUGGUACGUGGAGGACACCAAAUCAGUUCCACCGGUUACGCUAGAAGUGCGUUCUGCUCUACGAAAACAGUUUGAUCUUUACUCUCCUCCAAAGAAAAGCUUUCUAUUGCUGCUCAGUGAAUUUUGUGAGAAUGAUCGUGAAAAACGUGCACUUGUUUUGUUGAGUUCGGAUGUUGGUAGGGAUACAUAUCGUUCACUUUUUAUACGUGGUAGAGUAUCAUUAUUGAACAUUCUAGUGACAUUUCCUUCAUGUCAACCUCCAUUGCAGAGAGUACUAGAUUGUUUGCCAUUUUUAGCACCCCGAUAUUAUUCAGCUUCAUCAUGUUAUGAACCUUGUGGCAGAAAGAUUGAUUUUGUCUUUUCGUUGGUCCACUAUCCCAUAUUUGAAGGGAAGAAAUGGAUGAGGAGAGGUCACGCCACUGGAGUGUUUGAUAGGAUAUGUAGUCAACUGGAGAAAUGGUCUACACAUGAUUUGCGGGUGACCAUGUUUCAUCGCCCUAGUUUAUAUUUUCAUCCUCCUGAUAAUUUGCAAAUACCCUAUCUGAUGAUAUGUGCUGGAACAGGAGUAGCACCUUUUCGAGGAUUCAUUGAACAACGACGAAGAGAUUACAAGAACUGGUUGUCUUCAGAGGAUAGUCGUGUAGCAACUCAAGAGGAACCAGUCAAGCGAACUUUAAUUGCACCAGUUUAUUUGUUUUUUGGUUGCCGAAUCCUCGGAGAAUUUCAAGAGUAUUUGGAUGAAAUGGAAAGCGACUUGUCGUCCUUGCCGGAUUCAAAGCUAUUUGUUUGUUAUUCUAGGGAAAAUGGCAAUGAGAAGUAUGUACAAGAUCUUUUGAAAAAACAUGCCGAGCAAGUGAGCAAUUUGAUGUUCAGUCAUCCUUCAUCUUGCAUUUACGUGUGUGGAGAUGGUGCCAAUAUGGCAAAAGGGGUUCAGGAAUCAUUGAUAGAUAUUAUGAAUGAACAAAUUUUCGGUAAUAGGGAAGACGCCAAAAACUUUAUGAAAGAGUUAUCAGAUGAGAAACGAUAUGUGCAGGAUAUUUGGUUCUGGGGAUAAUACUUGUAUAGAGAAAGUUUUUC